CAUUUCUUCUUCGUCCUCUCGUCUUGCGCUGGCUCUCCUGCCUCGAGCAGUAGUCGUGACCGUCUCGCAGAACCUCUCCUGCUUCAUUAGACUCUUAAACUCGCAAUUCCAAAGAAGGUCCGAGCUUCGCUAGCUAUCGCGCUAGAGUCGCGAAUGGACUCUUGCUUGGUCAUGGACAGCUGGACAGUAGCGCAUGCCGCCUUCUCGUGCGAUUCGCUGGCGAAUUCGACCAGCGAAGGCCAUGUUGAAAGGCCCUACCAGGACGGCAAGCUAGAAGCACCCCUUGUAGUUUCAGGUAGAGGCGAGAGCGAGUUAGGUUAGCACGCAAGUGCCAACCGUUUCUCCGUCGCGUUUGUUCUUGCAGGUCUCGUCACGGCAUCGUGGUACGCGCCGUCCCCCGCGUCCACCUCGCCGUCCCAAACCCCGCCGUUUAAGAUCGCCCUUGUCGCCUCGUCGGACGACUCCGUUUCGUCGCUCGAUUCGUCGCUCUCCGCCUCCGGAAACUCCGCCGCCGCUGUCGCGAGAUCCGCGAAACCGCCGCUGCUAUAGCUAACGCGCCUGCCCCCCGCUUGCGGGUCCGCGUCCGCUGGUUCUGAACGCGUACGAUGGCGUGCUCGACCGCGAUCAAUUCGAAAGACUUGGCGAGUUGGGGCGCGGCGGGUUCGGCACGGUGGAGCGGAUGCGGCGAGUGGAGAGCGGCGAGGAGGUGGCGGUGAAGAAAGUGGCGCGCGCGCAGCUGGCGGCCGCGGCGAACGAGGCGAUGAUGGCGGCGUGGGUGAGCGCGUGCCCGAGCGUGGUGGGCGUGCGUGAGGUGCACCUGAGCGAGCAGCACGGGUACCUGCUCUCCGACGUGUGCUCUGGCGGCGACCUCCGAGGGCUCCUGGAGCGACGCAAGGCCGCAGCCAGCAACGCCACGGGAGGAGUCUGUUCCCCUUCCCCUGGACCUCUCCCCUCUUCCCUUUGAUCUCCUAUGUUUCGUCCUCCCUCGACAUGCUAAACCAAUCCCUAGUCAGCCCCUCCCUUUCCUGAAAUUUCCCCUUUUUCUUGGUCGGUUCCGUUCCUCUGCUCAUUUCUUCUUCCCCUCUCCAAUUUGACCCUUCUCCUGAAUUUUCCC